AAACUUGAAGUUUGUCGGUUAACCGUCAUUCAUGAAAUUUAAAAUACAAAUUAUUUAAUAGCGUCCCGUGUUAUAGUUCUGUUCUAAUUUAUUUUUUAUGUUUUAACUAUACUUAGUGUUUUUACAGUGACUGCUUCAUAAAAUUUUGAAAGCAUGGCGUCUCAAGAAUACGUACAAAAGUUAAGGGAAGAACGGCUUGCUAAAGAGAAGGCUAGAAUUCAAAAGCUCCGAGAACUUAACCUCAAAAAAUAUGGACAUACUGAACCAACUACGUCGACAGCAACAAACCAUUCUACAACACUUCCUCUCAAAUCUAAAUCUACCACUUCUACACUUGUCAGAAAUAAUUCCAGCUGUAAUCCAAUUAAAAAUCAAACUAAACCUCUAAAAAAUCAACUCUCAUUUAACCAAAAUGCUAAUAAACCAUUGACAGCUCAAGAUUUCAAAAUAACUAAAAAUAAUUUACCGCUACACAAUGUUGUUCAAACACAAAAUAAUGGCAUGAUUAAAAAACCAAAUAACAUACAUUCCAAAGAUUCAGCUGCAAAUAAGUUAACUAACAACUUUGCUAAGCCAAAAUCGUCAGGCAACAGUCGUUUAAAUGAUAUGAAGAACAACAGAACUAUCAAAAACCCUGCUAAUAGUUUUAAACUACAGAAAAGCAUGUCAGUGCCAGCCAGACCUCCCAAACCAAACAAUGCGUCUAGACAAAGUUUAAUUCCUAGAACAACAACUGUUCAGAAUAGCCGGGAAUCUGUGUUCGAACGAUUGUAUAAGCCAAAGAUAGUCCAGAAGCCAGCAGUUGAUGAUGUUCAUAAACUGAGACAUGAUCCCAACUUCUUAAAAAAAGUUAUAAGCGCGUCGAAUUUGAUCACGAAUAGACGACACACUACAUUCGAGACAAAAUCAACGAAACAACCCAUCAGGCGCUCGAUUUCCGCAGUUCACUUGAAGAAAAUAAGCAAGUCUGAAAUAAAGAAUUGCAUCCACAAAUGGGCGUCCAUCGGGGAGAAAAUUGACAAAGCGAGUUUGAAGGAUAUCAAUGAAGACGAGGACACGCACGAGGAAAAAGUCGUUUCAGCCGUGAAGAGCGAACGGAAGAAGGUGAAAUUUCAGACACCGCUAAAUAACCCAGAGGAAAUGCUCUCAAAACUGAACAAAUGGUUGCGUUUGCGCGGGAAAACAAUAGAUUCCUAUCCCCAUUUGAAGUGCUUCGGCAUACCGCACCAUGAGAUUGAAAUACCGAAGUUCGAUUAUGACGAUGAAAAUAAAGAAAAUAUAGCGUUAGAUCACGAUAGCGAUAAUGAAUCGUUCACCGAGCUGAAUUGCAAGGAAAUGAGGGAUAUGGAUAAAUGGCGGAGCCCCAGCUGCGUGGACAGUGUUGAUUUCAACGAGAGCUAUCAGACAACUAUGACGUCGGAGAUAUCGCCCCGCGAGGAUGAGCUGCUGCUCGGUGCUUUGAAUCAUUUAACGGAAUUAUUGAAGCUUGGCUAUAAUUGGGAGGACUGUGCCCGUUGGCUGCGCACCAUACGCGACAGAUACAGCAGGGCACAAGAGACUGCCGCCUACUGGGAGUGCCGAGCCCUGCUGGAGGAGAGGAGAGGAGACUUGCCGGCCUCCAUGCAGUGCUGGGAGCAAGCCGUGUGCAAGGGAACGGAGAGCUCCGUAGCCGAGGCGAGUCUUGACCAGCUUCUGGACAAGUUCAUGCAAUUGAAGAUUAAUCCGACUUCGGGAAAGAAGAACGUGGAGGCGAAACUAGUCGACGCCAAGAACGUGUUUAAAAGCACGCUAAUACGGUUCGCGAUACAGGAGGCUAGGAAUAGCAUGCCCAAAGUGACGGUCACACCAGUGCGCAGGAGCACGCGCCUCAGCUGCUACCAGAAGCAAACGCCUCUCAAACUGUUCAGCACCAUACAGCAGGCUAUAGAAUCGGAACACGCGGAGUUUAGACCUAACAGGGCGAUGGCUGGGACGCCUUAGGGUCUAGGUUUGUAGGUUAUUCGGUUCGAAUUUAAGGUAUGUGACAGUAGUGGCCGAGUGUAGUUAUCGGUUUAGAUAUUGCAAGUUUUGGUGGGAGAAGUCAUUCAAAUAAUUGUUUCUGACACAUAUCUGAAUCACCCUCAAAUUGUCAUAACUAGAAUAAAUUUGAAUAAGAUCACAUGGUUCACUCGGUCGAAAGA